AUGGCUUCACUCCCAAAGACCAUGAAGGCUCUCCGAUAUGAGAAGCCAGAAGAUUGGAGCAUCGUCGAGGUUCCUCUACCUAAGCUACGGGCCGGUGAUGUUCUAGUCAAGGUCAAGGCUUGUGGUGUCUGUGGUACCGACUUACACAUCCAUGAGGGUGAAUUCAUAGCUGAAUUCCCCUUAAUUCCUGGCCACGAAACCAUUGGCGAAGUUGUUGCAUUUGCCGAUGACGUAAAAGGCUUCGAGGUGGGCGACCGCGUCGCCGCUGAUAACUCGGAGCUCUGUGGUCACUGCUUCUAUUGCCGAAGAGGACAGGAACUUCUCUGUGAAGACUUCAAGGCCCACGGUGUUCUUGGACUUGAUGGUGGUUUCGCUGAAUAUGCUUCCUACACCCAAGGCCGUCUCUUUAAACUUAAGAACAUUAGCGAUGUCGACGCUACCCUAAUUGAACCUGCCUCUUGUGCCAUGCAUGGUUUAGAAAAGAUUGCCCCGAAGGCCGGUUCCCACGCUCUGUUGAUCGGUGCUGGUCCCACCGGUCUUAUGAUGGCACAAUUCCUAAAGCACAGCGGUGUUUCGCAAUUAACUAUUGCGGCCCCUGAGGGUUCCAAGAUGGAACUAGCCAAAAGCCUCGACGCCGGCGAUUUCUAUGUUCCUCUCUCUCGAUCGAACUCGGCUCCGCAAUGGGAACAGAUCAAGAAGGACAACCCAUAUGGUUUCGACAUCGUCGUUGAGGCCAGUGGUAGCUCCAAGGUGCUUGAAGAUGCCAUCAACUAUGUCCGCCGAGGAGGCAAGCUUGUCUGCUACGGUGUCUACCCCAACUCUGCUCGCGUCUCUUGGGCGCCAUCCAAGAUCUUCGGUGACGAAAUUACCAUCAUCGGCUCCUUCUCCGAGACUUACAUGUUCCCAGCUACUGUUGACUACCUAGACAGCGGCAAGGUUAAGACUAAAGGCAUUGUCAACAAGACCUUCAAGCUUGAGCAAUGGGGUGAGGCUCUGGAGAGCAUCCGGAACAAAUCGGCCAUCAAGGCCGCCAUCGUUUUCGACUAA